AUGACAUGGGAUCAAAGAGAUGACACUCAUUUAUUUUCUGAUAAACGCUGGCAACAAAUUGUAGGAUUCAUAAGCAUUGACUGUGGAGCAAGUAGGGAUUACGUGGACGAGAAAACGGGUUUUUUUUAUCAGACCGACAAAGAUUUUGUAGAAACGGGACAAAACUUUGAAGCAUCACUCAAUAUUGUUAACGUAAACACCCCUGAUUUUGGAAGAAAAAUACACACACUAAGAAGCUUCCCUGAGGCAGAUAGGAACUGUUAUACGCUCAAACCCAAACAAGGUAAACACCAAAGUUACCUUAUAAGAAGGGCAUUCUUUGCAUAUGGAAACUAUGAUGGCAAAAAUCAAACCCCAUAUUUUAAUGUGUAUCUUGGGAUCAAUUAUUGGGACACCGUUGACAUGGAUAUGUAUUAUGUUAUUCCAAUAUUGCUGUCUCCAACUUUAUCAUGUGAUGCAGCAAGCAUGGAAAUAGGACCACAAUGGAUUGUCUCCUCAAAGUUGAACACAUGGCUAUGGUUUGUCUUGGUUCCAAUUUUCAUUACUCACGCCAGCUCAAGACUAGACAAACCUGUUGGAAGAGAAAUUACCAACGAUAACCAUCCAGAUUUCAUAAGCAUAGAUUGUGGAUCACCCAGAGAUUACUUGGAUCAAGCAACUGGAAUUUGGUAUCAGACAGACGAAGGUUUUGUGGAAACAGGAACAAAUCAUAGGAUUUCAUCAAGUGUGUUCUUCGACAAUCCCUACUUUGGGGAACAAUUGAAUACACUGAGAAGCUUUCCAAAGGGAGACAGAAACUGCUACACCCUAAAACCUAAACAAGGCAAAAAUAAUAGCUAUUUAAUCAGAGCUUUCUUUGCAUACGGAAAUUAUGACUCCAAAAAUGAAACCCCAUCUUUCGACUUGUACAUUGGGGUCAAUUACUGGCAUACAAUAAAUGAGGACCAACAUCAUUACAUCUUUGCCGAGGUUAUUCACACUCCCUCAAGUGACACUAUACAAUUGUGUCUUGUAAAGACUGGACCAACAAUACCUUACAUUUCUACAUUGGAAUUACGUCCUUUGAACAAUUCCAUUUAUCAGACUACUUCACAAGCGCUACUGCAUCAACAUUUAAGGAUCGAUGUUGGCUUCCAUGGAUGGCCUCUUCACUCCAGGUACAAAGAUGACGUCUAUGAUCGGAUGUGGCGAUAUGACCAAUAUAACGAUACAAAUGGAUGGCAUCCUUUAGACGAAUCAAUUGAUGUGGAUCCUUCAACCAGUGCAUAUAAAUUGCCAACCCAAGUACUAAGGACUGCAUCCCAAUCACUAAAUGUCUCGUACCCCUUGAAAUUUGACUAUAGUUCUUUGUUUGACGACCUGGAUACAAAUUAUGAGUAUCGUGUCUACUUUCACUUUGCUGAAAUUGAGGCACUUCCACCGGGUCAAAAUAGAAUUAUCAAUAUCACCCUUAAUUCUAAACCCGUCCUCUCACACCCUUCGGUUCUUCAAUACAUGAAGCCAGUCACCAUUAGUCCUCAAGAUGCAGUCCGAGGUAGAAUUUCAUUUAGCAUUAGUGCAACGCCAGAAUCUGCUGCUCCUCCCAUCCUUAACGCCUUUGAGGCCUACAAGUUGAUACCCGGUCUUUAUUCCCCAACAGACGCUCGAGAUGCUGGUGCUAUUAUGGACAUUAAAAGCGCCUACCAUAUCACUUGGCUAAAUUGGCAAGGGGACCCGUGUCUUCCAAAGCAAUUUGCAUGGGAGGGUCUCACUUGCAACUCUGACACCAAUCCCAGGAUCACAGCUCUGGAUUUGUCAUAUAACUAUUUAGAAGGACCUGUGCCAGAAUUUCUGGCAGAAUUACCCAAGUUAAAAUUACUCAAUCUCACAGGGAACAAGCUUUCAGGCCCAAUUCCUAAGGCUCUCAAGAAAAAGGCCGAUACAACUCUGCAAUUGAGUUGUUCCAACACAUUUGAUUAUGUGGACUCAAAUACGCAAGAGGUCACCUACGGGGAGAUUCUAAGUAUCACCAAUAACUUAGAGAGGGUGGUGGGUAAAGGAGGAUAUGGAACUGUCUACUAUGGUUGCAUAGGUGAAAGACAAGUAGCAGUGAAGAUGCUUUCUCCUUCAACUCAAGGUUUUCAGCAAUUUCAGACAGAGGCAAAAAUUCUCAAUAGAGUACAUCACAAAUGUUUGACUCCUCUCAUUGGAUAUUGCAAUGAAGCCUCGGCACUCAUCUAUAAAUACAUGCCCAACGGAAACUUGGCAGACCAUCUUUCAGAUAAAAAUCAAUUUUCGCUAGUUUGGAACCAGAGGCUUCAAAUUGCUCUGGACUCUGCAAUAGGCUUGGAGUAUCUUCAUAAAUGUUGUAAGCCUCCAAUUGUACACAGAGAUGUCAAGACUAGUAACAUUUUACUCGAUGAAAAUUUCAAUGCUAAAAUAUCUGAUUUUGGAUUAUCAAGGAUCUUUUCGAAUGAAUGUGACACCCAUGUGCUAACAAAAGUUGCAGGCACCCCAGGAUACUUUGAUCCUGAAUACUACAAAACAAACAAGUUGACUGAAAAAAGUGAUGUCUAUAGUUUUGGAAUUGUUCUCUUAGAGAUAAUCACGGGGCACCCUGCUAUUUUGAAAAACCAUGAGAACACACACAUAGUUCAAUGGGUGAAUUCCAUGUUAGAUGAUGAAGGUGAAAUUGAUACUAUAAUGGAUCCAAGGUUACAAGGAACAUAUGACAUUGGGACUGCAAGUAAAGUGGUAGAUGUAGCAAUGGCUUGUGUAGCUCCGAGUUCUAUUAAGAGGCCAACAAUGAACGAAGUGAUGAUAGAAUUAAAACAAUGUUUUCCCAUGGAGAAUCUUGAUUGUUCAUCAUCAAUUGAAUCCUCAGUGGCACCAUCAAUUAGCGGAAAAAGUUCUCUCGAGAGGUAG